CCGCCGUAUUGGCCAGGCAGCUCUGCCACCGCCGCGGCAGCCAAUGGGGAGCCUCCUCUCAAGCCCCCAGCAGCGCAUCACCAGCCGUUAACGGCCACCUGGCCCAGGGCAGCACGUGCGCCUCAGCCCCGCCCCCUCGCCCCGCCCCCGGAGAAGCGCUGGUCAACCCCCGCUCUAUUUUAACCCUCGGGGGAUGCCGUAGCUCUCGCUUCACUUGCAGGUGGUGAGGGCGGAAGUGACGAUGGUGCAGCCGCGGCAUUCAAACUCCCGGAAGCGAAGUAGGGACUGAGCGGGGCGGCCGCUGCCCUGUGCCGCCCGGGUUUGCGGGCCGCCUAGUUCUGCCGCAGGGGAACGGUGCGCGCUGCCGGGUGUGGGGUGCUGGGGGAGCUGAGAGCCUAUGUCGUCUGAGCUCCCUUAGAGUUGCGGGAGAGGCCCUGUCCUGCUAGGGAAAAAGGCGUUUCUGCGCGUUUGUCUGCGUGGGCGCUGGAAAAUGAAUUCCAAGACGACCAAGGGCGUCAUUAUUGGCAAAUGGGGCUUAAAGUCCGGUAGCUCCAGGCCAGAGAGCGAUCUCGAGAAGUACAAGCAGGAGAACGCAGCCCUGAGGAAAUCCCUGGAGGAAAUCACCAAAGGGAAGGGCCGAGCAGAGGAUCCCGAGCGGAGCCGGCUGCUGGAGAAAAUUCUUUGUCUUGAAAAAGAAAAAGAAAAAUACAACCAUCUUCUUGGAGAGAAGGACAAAGAAAUCCAAAACCUAAGAGACAGACUUAAGUCCAAAAACAAGAACAGUGAAGUCUCCUUAUUACAUAGUCAACUAGAAGAAAAAACGAAGGAAGCAGAAAGGAGAGAACAAUUACUUAGUUCUCUGUCUGAAGAAAUGAACCAAUUAAAAUGUAAUUUAUCCACUAUUACUGCAAAAUGUUCUGAGAUUGAAAACAGAACUGGUAGUUCUCAGGCAUCCCAGGAAACUGUAAUAAACAGCCCUGGAUCUUCAACUAAUCUUAGUGAAGUUGAAAAACAGCUAAAAGAUGCUCUUGAGAAAAACCAGCAGUGGUUACUGUAUGACCAGCAACGUGAAGCAUAUGUCAGGGGACUGCUGGGAAGGAUCCUGGAACUUGAACAGAGGUCAGAAAUUGUUAGUCAACAACAACCCAAAGAAUCUAAUGCAGAAGGUCAUCUACAAGAAAAGCAAAAACAUUACGAUCAGCUCUUAGAAAAUGCAAAGAGUGAUCUUGAAGCUGAAAGAUGCACUGUAACCCAGUUGAAAUGUGAACUUAAUGAGUUCAAAAAGAAGUAUGAACAAAGACGACAAGAAAUAAUGAGCUUAAAUGCCUUACUGCAGUCGCAACACAUUGCUGAAAUGGAAGAUCAAGAAAAUGAAAACAUAAUUAAAGGAGAGAAAAUACAGAUACUAAAACAAGAAAACGAAAGUAUUAAAGUACAGCUAAGAGAAGAAAAGAAAAAGUCUGAAGAUCUAUUAUCUCAGGUACAGCUUCUUCGUAAAUCAUUGCUCAAGCAGCAGGAGGAACAUGCUAGGAUAGCUUUGUUGGAACAACAGGGAAAAUUUCCUUUCACCACUUUCUUGAUAAUUCUACUUUUACAUCUUUUCCCUUUGUGGGGUUGCAAGAUCCAAAUAUGCACUGCAGACUUGGAGAAUGAAAAGCUUGACCGCCAGAACUUGAAGCAUCAGUUAAACAAGAUCUUUAAGGAAUUGUUCAAGGCAAGGGAGCAAAUAACUCGUCUUGAACCUCUGCUCCAAGAGUCUGGACGUAUGGAACCACAAGAAGACUUGCAAGCUGCAUUUGAAGAGAAUAUUGCAGCAUAUGAUAGUAGUCCUUCCCGGAAACAUUCAAAUCUCCUUGAUGAAAGUUUCCUUGAGUGUCCCAGAUGUAAAGUGCAGUAUCCAACAAGCCAGCACAGAGAAUUACUAGCGCAUAUUGAUUUCUGUACAGCUUAAGCUCUGGAUGGACUUAUUUCCUCCUUAUGCACUGCCAGUAUACUGUUUAAAAAGGCAAAAUAUUUUUGUAAAACUUUUCUUUUGAGGCUAUAUGAAGGACUUUAUAUUUCUGUUCAAUGAAAACAGUAAUUUAUUUGGCAUCAAAUAUUCCACUUGACUCUUGUGCAAAUGGUCAUUGCAUUUUUGCUUGCAAAUGGAAAUAUCUGUAGAAUUAGGACUAUUUUCAUAUAGUAAACUACUGAUUUUUUUUUGCACUAUUAAAAAUGAGAGCAGUAAAAAUGCACCUACUGUGUCAGACUAAUACUUGACAUAUCCAGUUCUGAAACUGACAGAAAAUGGAGUGCUUAUUUUGUGAUUACAGGACAAUUCUCUCAAAAUCUACUGUAAACCUAGGUUUGUGAGCAUUUUCCUCAUUUUACCUGUAUCAUUUCCUCAUUUUGCCUGUAGCAAAGUCCAAGUCAUUGUUACUGUAAGAAAGAUUAAAGUGAGGGCAAAAAUUAAGAUAAAUGAACUUCUCUUACAAUUCUAUGGUUUGAGACCAGCGAAUUACCUGCAUACAGACUGUAAGGUAAAUCUAUCCCUGGUGCACCAUUUUGAAUUGCUAGCCAG